AUUUAAAGAAUAACCAUGCACUGAUUUCUACAGCGUCCAUUGCCAUUUGAAGACUCGUUCGUUUCGUUCAUUUACAGAACAGCAAGCCCUCUGCACGUACAUAUUCGCCUGCCUGCCUACUUGCUCUCUAUAUUUUGUUCGUGUGCUCAGGAAAAAAGAUUUGAUUCUCAAAAUGAAGGCGAUCAUUCUCCUCGUCGCUUUGGGGUUGGUAGCCUCGACCUACGCCAGCGGGGCCAAGACUUUCGGUGAUUCUUGCAACUUUAUCGCAUCUGGAAUUCAGAUUUUCAGCGACAACAAUUACGCCGAAGCCUGCGACACGGAGAAAAGUCUGAUUUGCGCCAUCAACAAGUGCGAUUGCGUCCCUGGGUUCCGAUGGGAGCAGAACUUUUUCGAAAAACUUGCCGGAGUUGGAGGAGCUUGCAUCCGAGAGUUAAAUGGCAGCGCUUCCGGAAUUAGUGCCUUUGGUGGAAUUUUCGCCACCCUCAUUGCCACCCUCGUCGUUCGUCAAGCCAUUUACUGAGCUCCUAUUUUUAGGGUUUUAAAUUUAAGACUUUAAACUUUAAUUUCCGUUCCUAUGAUUGAUUAUUAUUCCAGCUAAAACCGUCUGAAAUUCAGUAUACCUAGGAUUAGUUCUUGUGCAACUACAAUGUAUUGUUACUUAUUAUUUGACUAUUCAGUAGAGACUCUCAUUCAUUACUUAAUGUUUGCGUGUUUUAGUUAUGCAAUUGAAAUUAUUAUCUGUUAGCUUCGUUACUUUGAUUUUGAUUUAAAUUUGACUGACAAGUUUUUUGUUCCAUUCCAUAAAUCCAUUCCACAUGUUUAUGUUUUAAUGAUCUGAUACCAAUAAGAUUGAUGUGAUGAGUUAAAAAAGGUGGCUAAAUUUUAUAAUUAUAUUAUUAAUGAAAUAUAACAAUAAGACAAUUUGUUACAGUUUUUAUAAUAAAUUUUGUCAUUUCCAAUAA